AUGGAUGACUGGUUCGAAACAACAAGAAAGAAAAUAAUGAGUGGGCAAAGAGCACUACUGAUCGCAGUAUCAGCAGUAUACAGAUCGACAUCCACGGACGCCCUCCAGGUCAUCACCGGACUCCUCCCUCUGGAUUUACAAACACUAUGGGAAGGUAACAGACAAGAGCACAGGAUCAACAAUAUAACCUUGGAGGCACAGACAGAACUACAGGAGAUUACAAUUAUGGCUGGACAGAUGGACAAAAUCAAAAAAAGGGGAACGUGCCAGGAAUAA